AUGUCAUGGGAAGUUCGCCUCAAUUCAACAGCCGUGCAAACCUCUGGCGGUGAUCCGUCCGGCUGGUUUAUCCCUGAUUGGACCCCAGAGCUUGACGAAAAGGUCAAUCAGCAGUUCGGUAUCACGACCAGCAUCCUCUCGUUGACUGCCCCGGGUGCUUGUAUCCUCAAAGACCCCCAGGCAUCCGCAGACCUGGCACGCAAGACAAAUGAAUACGCCGCUCAACUCCGCGACUCUAACCCCCAGAAAUACGGCUUCCUCGCCGCGCUGCCCAACAUCCAGAACAAGCAGCUCGCCCUGGACGAAAUAGCCUACGCCUACGACGUCCUCAAGGCCGACGGCGUGGUCCUCUUCACCCGCUACGGUGAAGACAACCACUACCUCGGCCACCCCGACUUCACGGACAUCUGGGCAGAGCUCAACCGCCGCUCAGCAGUGAUCCUGGUACAUCCCACCCACCCUGUCGACAUCAGCCAAGUCAGCGGCCUUCCUCAGCCUGUCAUCCGAUACCCAUUUGAAACCACCCAGACGGCCCUGGAUAUGCUCUACAACAAGACGGUCCGCAACAACCCCAACUGCAAGAUCAUCCUCUCCCACGCCGGCGGUACCCUCCCUUACCUGCUUGGCCGACCCGCUAGCAUCCUGACCAAGACGCAGGAGGAGCUCGAUGCGUUCUGGGACGAUGCCCGCAGCUUGUACUACGAUACGGCCGUGGCGGGCUCUGAGAAUGUGCUGCGAAUUAUGGAGAAGUUCGCGAAGCCUGGUAAUCUUCUUUAUGGAAGCGACACCCCGUAUGCGAAUAAUGAUAUCAUCCGGUUUCACACUGGCCGACAGGAUGCGUAUCGGUUCGAGGAUCCUGGUCUGGCGGCUAGGAUUAACCGUGGGAAUGCCUUGGAUUUGUUCCCGCGGCUGAAGUAG